AUGGCUGCUAUCAGGAGAAAACUGGUGAUUGUUGGUGAUGGAGCUCGUGGGAAGACAUGUUUGCUCAUAGUCUUCAGCAAGGACCAGUUCACAGAGAUGUAUGUGCCCAUGGUGUUUCAGAACUAUGUGGCAGAUAUUGAGGUGGAUGGCAAGCAGAAAAUAUUCCAGAACAAUGGACCCCAGAAGUCAAACAUUUCCGCCCCAAUAUGCCCAUCACCCUGGUUGGGAACAAGAAGGAUCUUCAGAAUGAUGAGCACACAAGGCGGGAGCUAG